AUGGCCAUCGGUGGAAUCCUCAUGAUCAAACUUUUGCCAAACGAGGAGAAGCUUGCUCGUCUCGCUGGCUUCUGGCUCAUCAUGGCUGUUGCGCCCGCCUUCCCUCUAAUGAUGUCCUUGUCGGCAAGCAACAUUGCGGGCUUCACCAAGAAGUCAACUGUCAUGGCAAUGAUCUUCUUGGGUUAUUGUGCUGGAAACCUGAGUGGACCCCAGUUCUUCAUCAGUACUGAAGCCCCAAGUUACCAUACUGCAUACACGACCAUCCUAGCUUGCUUCGCUAUCACCAUCGUUCUCGUCGUCGCCAUGCGUUUCUAUCUCGCGUGGGAGAAUAACCGCCGAGACAAGGAGCAGGGCGUGCAGAGAGACCCAGAGGAAACCCGACAGGUGGAUCUCAACACGGAUGGAACGCUGCUUGAUGUUGAUGAGACGGAUGUUCAGAACAGGAACUUUAGAUACAUUCUCUAG